UUUUAUGAUCCAAAUAUGAAUACUAAUGUUCAGCAGACAAUUUUAUUAUUCAUAUUGGCUUAUUUAAUCAUUUUAGUUUUUCUUCUCAAAGCAAGCAACAAGGAUUUAUUUCCAAAUCAAUCAGCUGAGCUUCAUCCAACAACUGGUCUUAUUUAUGAAUUUGAAAAUUUUCAAAAUGAUCUAUUUGAAACGGUAAAAAAUGUCUGUCUAAGUUUUGAUGAGUUAAUUAUAUUCAGUGAAACAUUCAUUUAUCCACCAAUUGAUUUUUCUACAAUUUCUGAUUGUUCUUUAAAAUUAAUCGAAUUGGAAAAAUCUUUAAGUGAUAGUUAUGAUCGAAAAAAUCUUUACAGUAUCAUACAAAACGAUUAUUUGUUCAUCUUACCUGAUUCCACUAGAAUCGUUCCAAAUAAUUUAUUGUCGAUCGAUGUUCUGGUAUCCAAGAUAAAUCUAAUCAAAGCUGAUGUUUUGUUACUACCGUUUUCAAAAGAAAGCAUAACCUAUUGUGACCAUUUCAACUUUGAUAUACGUCGUUGGACAUUGAAUUUUGUCGAUAAUGGAACAAACUGUCUUUACAGAAAUGUGAAUGAUGGAUUUGCUGUAUUUUUACCAAAAAGGAUAUUUUUCAAAUUAUCUCAUCCUUUGCUUCGCCCAUUUGUGGAAUCAUUUUUGAUACAAUCACAAGUAUUAAAUUUGAAGAUUUCCAUCCUUGAAUCGCCUUUAUUUUUGGAGUAUGGAUCGAAAAUAUUCUCAGAUCAUCACACAAAAGCUAAACAUGAUCAUUUGGAAGAGCAACGUCACAAAAUAAUGUAUGCCAAAUUAGGUAUUAAGAAGAUUGUUAAUAAAGAUAAUUCGAUCGAAUGGUAUGGCUGUGAUCGAAAUCGACCAAGAUGUUUUGGUUCGAUUAUGAACGACAUUCCAGAAUAUUUGAUCCAAAAUCGUUGGCUUCCACCUUGUUGUCGACGUAAUCUAGAAAUAACUGGACGUUAUGUUUUCAAUUUGUUAGAGAAAUUCCAUAUUCGUUAUUGGCUUGAAGGUGGAUCGUUGCUUGGUGCAGCUCGUAAUGGCCAGAUUAUUGAUUGGGAUUAUGAUAUUGAUAUCGGCAUCUAUCAGGAAGAUAUGUACAAAUUAUCCAUUCUUCAAGUUUUAUUCGAAAAAGCACCUGGUUUUCGUAUUGAAGAUGGACAAGGUUUUGUUUGGGAAAAAGCUUUGGAAGGAAAUUUCAUUAAAAUUCAUUACAGUUUAAUCAAUAGGAUACAUGUUGAUAUUUUUCCAUUCGUUUCUUCAAACGGUACAAUGACAAAGGAUACUUGGUUCGAAAAUCAUCCACAAGAUAUGCCUUUUCCCGAACACUUUUUACAACCUUUGGAACAGAUAUCAUUUAUUGGUAUCAACGUAAGCGCUCCGAAUAAUGUUCGACAAUUUUUAGAAAUGAAAUUCGGAUCGAAUGCCAUCGAACAGCCUCGAUAUCCGAAUAAUAAAAAGACAGACUAUGAAUAAGAAUUUUAUCAUUUUAUUUA